UGCCUAAUCUAUAGAGACUCGUCUCUCCUCUCAUUCACCAUCUCAUCCCUCCUUGCUGUGGGGAUCUUCCUCUCAUACGUCCCACAACACGUGCGUAUCUACCAGCGGCAGACAUCGGAGGGCAUCUCACCGUUCUUCCUCUUGCUCGGCACCAUGUCCGGCUUUAGUGCCUUGCUGAACGUGGUGAUGCUCACUCAGAUGCUGCGCGACUGCUGUUCUAGCCUCUCGUGGUUUGAUUGUGCCAACUCGCAGUUGGGUCUAAUUCAGGUAGCGGCGCAGGCCACAGCGGCGGCGUUGAUUCUCGUGCUCUGUGUGCACUUUACGCGGGGUUCGCCGUUCCAGAUGCUGGCGGAAUACGCCAAGCUUGUGUCCAUCUACAGGGUAUGCUCGGCGUACUUGCUCGUCUCAGCGAUUUUCGUCAUCUACCCGUUGGUGUGGGCCCCAGGCUUGGUGACUCCUGUGGCAAACUUCCAGGGCUUGUUCGCCACGGUACUCGCCUCCAUCCAGUACUUUCCGCAGAUCUACACCACGUGGCGGUUGAAGCACGCGGGGAGCUUGAGCAUGAACAUGAUGUUGAUUCAAACUCCGGGAGGGUUUCUAUGGGCUACAACAAUGAUCCUCAGGCCGGGCUCGGUGUGGUCCACCUGGUUGCCGUAUCUUGCAGCCGCCUCGCUCCAAGCGGUUUUACUUAGCUUGUGUGUCUGGUUUUCCAUCACCAAGCCCAUCGAA